AGGGCGGUCCACGGUAGAAAAAGGAAAGUAUGGAACAUAGGCAGCGUAGUUUUGACGGGAAGGUAGACGGUCAAAACGGUAAAAUAUAGGACAUAUUUGAGGCUAAACAUCUUCAGAAGGAUAUGUGAUUUGCUGCUCAGUAAGCCUGUAUUUCUUUUAUCAAUCUGUAUGUUACGCUGUGUGUUUGUUUAAAGUUAUCCGACUCGUGUUGGUGUGUUUUUGAUUGAUUAGUCAGUAACGUUACAUUCAUGGCUUUGAUAGCGACCGAUCAGGGCUGCAAACUGAACGGAACGUCGGCGAUUUACCGCCGAAUUGGGCCAAAAAAAGAAGUGUUUCAAGGCCAGACGGAGGGCUUUAAAACUGCCAAAAUUCAGCCAAAAGAGACGGAGUAUUCAACAGAUGGCCUGCCCAAAGCCUUUCUGCACAGCCUGAGAACCCUGUUUGACAUUUUGGAUGAUGGUGGACGGGGCUAUGUCCACAUCUCGGAGAUCGAGAGCCGCUGGCAGGGGGCAGACACCCGAGAACUGCCCGGCGGGGUGCUGGGCUGCCUCAGGAGGGUCACCCCACCGCAUGGCUGCCUCACCUUUGAGCGGUUCGUUGCGGGGCUGCGUUACUCCAUGCUCAACCCGGAGCACAGCGCUCACUUCAAGGCCCAGGCUGCCGUCCACCCACAGCAGGCACCAAAGCAGCCCCAGAAACCCGCCCCGCUGUCCACAUGCAGUGUUGGGACACGGGUUGAGAACAAGGUCCGUCCGCUGGGACCGAGCAACGUGACAAACACCCAGCAGCACCGGGCGUCCUCUCUGCAAAGCCGGGCCAGGCCAGAGGAGGGGGCCGGGUACACCGCGUGUGGACCUGUGCGGUACAGCGCGGGCUUCGAGAGGUCCGGGCGGAGUUUGGAGCAGAAUUCCGUCGCUACAGGGGGCGGGUGUUACCGGGCCGACCCGGGCCAUGCCACCAAACCCACACAGCCCCAGCAGAGCCGGGUCAGGUCUAUUGAGUCACUCGCUCUGGAGUCACCGCAGCUCGAAGGAAGUGCUGUGAAAUCAGGUUUACCAAGAUCUCAGAGCGAAUCAGCAACAGGAUUUACUAGCGGCUCCAGGCGACACGGGCGGAGUCGGGAAGAGCAGAGGCGGCAUACCAUAUCCAACGGAGUCGAUUACGGAAUGUUGAAGCAAAUGAAAGAGCUGGAGCAGGAGAAGGACUCCCUGCUGGCGGGCCUGGAAGUGGUGGAGCGGGCCCGCGACUGGUACCAGGGACAAAUCCACAAUGUCACAGAGAGACAGCGGCAGGUCGGCCAGAACUCCCACUGCACGGAUUUCUUCACAGAAGCCAAUCAGAGUCGUAUGAAUGUUCUAAUUCCCAAAUUGCAAGAAGUCAACCGCUGCCUUAACGACCUUAUUUCCUGCUCUGGGAUGCAGUCAUUUCCUUCCAGCGCUGCUCAGACAGCAGCUAAUCCCCAGCCUCCGGGUGCAGCCCCUCCACAAGCCAUCCAGAGACUGAAGGACCAGAACCGACUUCUCACACAGGAGGUGACAGAGAGGAGCGAGCGGAUCACGCAGCUGGAGCAGGAGAAGUCAGCAUUGAUAAAACAGCUUUUUGAGGCUCGAGCCCACAGUGCACAAGACACCAGCACCAUGGACUCCACCUUCAUCUGAAAACAAUUACACUCCAACCAACACCAUAGCAUGUUAGCACCAUGAUUCAACUUGGAAUCAUCAUGAUGCUGGUCUGGAGCAAAACGUUUAUAAGACUGUAAGCUGACUGUUGUUUACCCACACUUGUAGCAGUGAUGCACCUUUUAGCCAUGACACCCCCACACCCACGACUGCACCAUGUAGCUACUCCUCUCCACUUCACUCCACCCCAAACCAAGCACUACCUAGAUGUGAAUACUCCGAGGAAAACCUGACCCGAAUGACUUGACCCGAGAGAGAGUCUUUUACUUGCCGCCUUUUAGGUGUCCUGCAUAAACACUCCUGACUGAGCUGAGAAGGCUGGAACGCUAUCAAGAAACCAGUCGGGUCUCAUGAGAUCCCAUCACUCCAUUUCUUGUAGGAUCACAGCAUCUGCAAGAUCUCCACUCCCACUCCCAAAAGACUGUUUUUGUUUUUUACUUCUGUUGCUCCGCAGGCAACAAAAAAAAAACAUGAACUUUAACUUAGUGGGGGGGUGGUUUCUGUUGGAAUAAAAUGCCAUAUUCUUACAGUUUAAUAUAAUAGACAAAUCACCAGCUGCAUCUGCUUGCUGUGACGUAUCAAUUACAUUUUUCUUAGUUUGGUACUUUGAUCUAAAUGAUAUUAAGCUACACUUUGCCAAUGUCUUUUAGUAUUUCCUUCCUUUAAUAAUAUGUUUACCUGACAUUGGCUUUCUGGGUUUUAGAGUGUUUCAUUUCAAACACUGAGAGACAGGAAUUACUGAAAAGAACAGUUUUUAUAUUAUGGUAGCAUGUUUAUUAAUGUUAGGACCUUUUAUGAAUUUUGAGAUUUUUUUGUUAAGAUUGAAAAAAAGAGAGACGGGAGGACAGCCUACAAGCCAUCGAGAUGUAGAGGCAGAGAGACUUGAGAAGUUUGGAAGUUUGCACGUAGAAGAGAGCUGAGGAGGACAAACAUGGCAGAUGGUGAAUGUGUCUGAGACCGAGCUCCUUGGUUGGGAGAUCAAAACAAAAGAAAAUCACUUUGGCUAUCUAGUGCUACAUCCCCUGUAUGUCUUUACAGUGGAUUCUCUGCAUGGGUCGUAUUUUCAGCCCCAAAAUAUUUAUCUUCUGAAGAGAUUUAGUUUGAAACCUGGAGAUUAGCACAGAUGUAAAAACCCAUUUAGUCCUCGUAAGUGUCCCUCUUUACCAGGAUCAGGCAUGAAACGGUUGGCUUUAGACUAAAACUGUCAAAACACUCAGCCAUCCACAAAGUUUACACAAUAAAUAGAAUAAAAAACAUUGUAGUUUUAUAAUUGAUCUGUAUGGUACUGCUGGGAUGUCUGCACAUAACAUAUUGUUGAUGUCUGUUUCCCACUUGUUUAAUUGUAUGUUUCUUGCUGCUCAAACUACAUUAUGUGUGAGUGAAACUCUUUUCCUUCAGCUUUCUAUCAAAACUUCAGAGAAAAUGUAAAAUAAUAAAUACGACCAAACACUGCUGACUAGA